CUCAAUGUGGGUUCCUGUCUCAUUCUGGGCUGCUCUCUUUCUCCCCUCUCCCCACCACCAAUGCCACCACCUCUGGGGUCCUGUCUCUGCUGGCAGGCAGUCUCUGAAGUGGCUAUCGAGGAGGAAGAGCCACAGGAAGUACCAGAGAGCCCCCCAGAGGAGGACGGGGAGGACAAGGAGGACAAGGAGGCCCUUUAUUCGCCGUGCCCCCCACCUGGAGAACACCUGGAGGCAAGCAUAAUCGAGGACUGCGAGGAAGAGAGGCCCCCGAAGACCCCCACUUGCCUGGGCUCCAUCAUCUCCCGGAUUCGCAAGAUCUUCAGAAGAGCGCUGCCGCCAGCACCACCAGUGCCACCAGAGCAACCCAGUCUUAAUCCUUGUGGUCCAAACUGGAGAGGAGGAAUAAAAGAUCUGAGCGCGGAGGCAAGCGGGGCGAGAAACCCAACCCCAUGUGGCCCUACGCUGGCGUCCCACACGGCCAGCCCGUCCUACAGCCCGACACCUUUUGAGAUUGCGGAGCAGAACGGAGAAGACAGCGGGCAAAGGGUGGACGGCGAAGGAGAAGUGCGAGAGAACGACAGCGUCUACGGUGGCGGAGGAGAAGGAGAAGGCAGGACUGAGAGGGGAACGAUCCUGGAAGGUGGCUUGAAAAGAAAGGGCAAAGACUCUCCUCCCUGAAAGAUAGGGGAGUGGUUGUGGGCGGGAACCCGAGCACCGCCCAGCAGGGGGCGUUGCCCCCUGCCUCCCGCUCA